AUAUUGUUACAUUGUUUCAUGCCAUCGUGACGUCGCGAAGGAAAGUAAUGACCGUUUGUGUUUUUAAAUAACAAGACUUGCGCGUUCGUUUUUAUCUCCAGAACACCUUGGAUUUAAUCUACAGAUCGAUAGUGAGUCGUUGGAAAUGCCAAAGAAGAUGACAGCUAGCUGCUGGAUGAUCUGUCUGUUUCUGCUGGGAUCUGUCACAGAGUUCAUUGUUUUAGCCAGUCCUGAGGUAAAUGAAAGCCAGCAACAACAUCCUCAAAAUGUGUACCAUGACAUCGGUGUUACCAGAAACAAGAUUGUGACGGCACAGUUCGAGUGCUAUCAGAAGAUUAUGAAGGACAACAGUCAAGACAAAAGAGCUGGCCCGGUAUGCAACAGGACCUGGGAUGGAUGGUUGUGUUGGGACGACACAGAGGCUGGUGUCACCUCUGAGCAGCACUGCCCUGACUAUUUCCAGGACUUUGACCCUACAGAAAUGGUCACCAAAAUAUGUACAGAAAGCGGGCAGUGGUUCUUGCAUCCUGAGAGUAACCGCACAUGGACAAAUUUCACCAGAUGUAAUUUGCUCACUACUGAAGGACGCAGGACCGCAAUGAAUUUGUUCUACUUGGCGCUAAUAGGUCAUGGGCUCUCUUUAACAUCUUUGUUAAUCUCACUAGGCAUAUUCUUUAAUUUCAAGAGUUUGAGCUGCCAGAGAAUUACCCUGCACAAAAACCUUUUCUUGUCCUUUGUAUUAAACUCCAUCAUCACUAUCAUUUGGUUAACAGCAGUGGCAAACAACCAAGAACUGGUUCAGGAAAACCCAAUCAGCUGCAAAGUAUCCCAGUUUAUCCAUCUGUACAUCUUUGGAUGCAACUACUUCUGGAUGCUUUGUGAAGGGAUUUACUUGCACACACUCAUUGUUGUGGCAGUUUUUGCUGAAAAACAGCAUUUAAUGUGGUACUACCUUCUUGGAUGGGGUUUCCCACUUAUACCCGCUACAAUACAUGCUGUAGCCAGAAGUUAUUACUACAAUGAUAAUUGUUGGGUCAGCUCAAGCACUUUUCUGCUAUACAUUAUUCAUGGCCCUAUCUGUGCAGCACUGCUGGUGAACUUGUUCUUUCUGCUAAACAUCGUACGAGUUAUCAUCACCAAACUGAAAGUGACGCAUCAUGCAGAGUCUAGUCUGUAUAUGAAAGCUGUCCGCGCCACGCUCAUUCUGGUUCCACUGCUGGGCAUCCAAUACGUUCUCCUCCCAUACAAACCUGGGGGACGCGUUUCUGCUGAAAUCUACGACUACAUUAUGCAUAUCCUAAUGCAUUAUCAGGGACUGUUGGUGGCCACAAUCUUCUGCUUUUUCAACGGAGAGGUCCAAGCGGUUUUGAGAAGGCACUGGAAUCAGUACCGCAUACAGUUUGGAAGCACCAUCAUACAGUCUGAUGCUUUGAGGUCUGCGUCGUACACUGCAUCCUCCAUUACGGAGGUCCAGGGCUGUUACAGCAUCGACGGCCACACAGAACACUUGAAUGGCAAAAACUGCCAUGACACUGACAACAGCACCUUAAAACCAGAGAAUCCCUUUGCCUGAUGCCACUGAAUGUGGCAGUAUGCCGCUUUAAAAAAUAAAUAAAUAAACUGUUGGAUAUAGCGACAGCUGUCACAUGGCUGACUUGGACCUUUUUACCCAUAAUUCACUGCUCUAUCUCUCUGAAGGGUGGAGAAAAGGCAUUUCUCCUAGAAUUUACACUGAAAAACAUUUUGCUACCUUCAUUUAAUGUUAAGUGGAUAUAAGCAUUACUGGCCUGGUCUUUGUACUUUACAGUAUUUUAGUUUGCGCAACUGCUGUGCACAGUGGAAUUAAGUGUAAAUAUUCAGUUCUUUUGUCAGAUUUCAUGUGUAAUGCACUUUGUCUUAUAUUUGUCCCUGUGAUGAUAAAAAUGAAUUAUAAAUCUAAUCCAAGUGAUGAUCACACUAAUAGGAAA